AGGAAGGAGGUUGGGUUGGUCGACUUUGCAAAGAUAAGAGAGACUGACUCUCCUUUCUCUCUCUAUCUCCUCAUUCUUCUCUCUUUUUACCUUCUCUGCAAGAAAUCUUCACUUCUCUCUCUCUCUAGAAAAAAACUUGGAAGCUGACUCGAAAAAGACUCUCUUUUUCUUCUUCCUGCAAUUACGAUAAUGGCAAUCGAGGAUCAAGAGAACACAAUCCGUGAAAUCAAACCUAAGAACAGAAGAAUCAUGGGAGCUGGUGGACCGGAGGAGGAAGAGAACCGGUGGCCGCCAUGGUUGAAACCUUUGCUUAAAGAGCAAUUCUUUGUUCAUUGCAAGUUUCAUGGAGACUCUCAUAAGAGUGAAUGCAAUAUGUAUUGCUUAGACUGCACCAAUGGCCCGCUUUGCUCUCUUUGUCUUGCUCAUCACAAGGAUCAUCGCACCAUUCAGAUAAGGAGAUCUUCUUAUCAUGAUGUUAUAAGGGUGAAUGAGAUACAAAAGUAUCUUGAUAUAGCUGGGAUCCAAACAUAUGUGAUCAAUAGUGCUAAAGUCGUCUUCUUGAAUGAGAGGCCUCAGCCUAGGCCUGGGAAAGGUGUAACCAAUACCUGCAAGGUUUGCUAUCGUAGCCUCGUCGAUGAUAGCUUCCGCUUCUGCUCUCUUGGCUGCAAGAUUGCUGGAACAUCAAGAGGCUUCGAAAAAGGAAGGGAGAAUCUUCUAAUGGAAACAGAGGAUUCAAGUAGCAGCAUUGCAAUUGGGAAGAACAUAACAAAUCUCCAGAGUUUCAGCCCAUCAACACCUCCACUUACUAGUAAUUGCAGAAUCGUCAAGCGAAGAAAGGGAAUUCCUCACCGAUCUCCGAUGGGAUAAGAACCGAUAAGAAAGAAGCUUUUGCCACUUGCCAGUUUCUUCAUCUAUAAGAUUACACACAAAGGGUUUAGCUAAUACAGAGACUUCUUCUGUCUCUUCUCUUUCCUCGUAUACCAAAGAAAUGGUCUUUUGCUUGUGUUAGCAAAAAAAGAAAGGCCUUAAGUUAGGUUUUGUCCUACUAAUGGCAAAUAUUGUGAAUAUGUAAUGUGCUUGUAUAUGUGAUGCAAAAAGGGUAGAAAGGGAAAUAUAGGGGUUUUAGUGGGCUAAAAAUGGGAAUAAAAACAAAAUAGUUUUUGGUUUUCAUCUAUGUAUGCAUGGUGUAAAUUUGGUUUGGUUAGGUGCAUACAUGGAUCUUGAAUAAUAAUAAAUAA